UCCCAGUGUGUUUUUGGGGUUUUGCAGUAUCUGAAGAGCAUCUGUUCUGUGGUUCUUAUUGUUUUGUUUGCUUUAACCUAAAACACAUGUACCUGAGCUCCUUUGUCAGUUUUCCUUUCCUUCUACUGGGUGAGAGAUAUAGUGAUAAAUGGUAUACCUCUCUCUCUCUCUCUCUCUCUCUCUCUCUCUCUAGAGAUAUCUAUGUGUUUCAAGGGUGCCACGUUUAGGUGAUCCAUUGUUUUUGACUCUGGGGUUUGUUUGUAUGCUUCAAGAACUGAGGUUGUCUUGUGCUGCUCUUGAUAAGGUAAAAAAAAUGAUGUUUUUGAGCUUUCCAAUAGGAUUGGGUUUGGGUAGUGUGUAAGGGUUUAAAAUGGUUUCUUGAUGUGACAUGGAUAUAGAAGAAGGUGUUGGGUAUCUUAGAAUUUCUCAAUUUCUUGAUUGUUUAUGUCUGUGUAUCUGAGCAAAAGAAAGUGUGCAAUAAUGGAGGGUUCUUCUGAGACAGGUUGGAAUAGUUCUUCCAGGGGGUUGAAUUACUCAUCAGUAGUGGAUAGGAAUCCAAGGGUUGUUGUUGGUGGGAGCAGUGUGAGAUCUUCCAGUGAUGCCUCACCUGAUUCUGCUUCCAUCCCUGCAAGAAAGGGAAGGGAAGGAAUGGGGUUGCUGCCCUAUAUAGAUUGCAUAAAACCCCAGGGUGGGGUUUCUGGAGAUGGGCUUGGCCUUGGCUUAGAUGAUAAUAGGGAUGUUAGUUUGAGACAGUGGCUGGACAACCCGGAAAGAACAGUCGAUUCUCUCGAGUGUUUGCACAUUUUUACCCAAAUUGUGGACAUUGUUAACCUGGCGCAUUCUCAGGGCAUUGUGGUUCACAAUGUGCGCCCCUCGUGCUUUGUUAUGUCGUCUUUCAACCGUGUUGCGUUUAUUGAAUCAGCCUCCUGCUCUCAUUCGGGCUCCGAGUCGCUUGAGGACGGAUUGAACAGCGAGACUGCUGAGUUUAAGGGGGCAUCUUCACCCGGGGCUCGUGACUUUGAACAAGAAAAGCAGGCUGUGACACAAAGGUUGGAAGUUGAGAUGAAUUGUGCAAAUGCUAUGCAGACUUUAGAGGCCGAUAAGAACCAGCAAGCGGAGGAGAAGCAGCAGCAUUCGUUCCCCAUGAAACAGAUAUUGCUCUUGGAAACCAAUUGGUACACUAGUCCAGAAGAGGUUUCUGGUGAGCCUAGCAUUUGUGCUUCAGACGUUUAUCGACUUGGAGUGCUUCUCUUUGAGCUAUUCUGCACGUUCCAUUCACCCGAAGAAAAAAGUGCAACUAUGUCUAGUCUCAGACAUCGCGUGCUCCCCCCUCAGUUGCUACUCAAGUGGCCCAAAGAAGCUUCGUUUUGUUUGUGGUUACUGCACCCUCAGCCAAGUAGUAGGCCAAAUUUGGGUGAGCUGUUGCAAAGUGAGUUCCUUAAUGAUCCAAGAGAAAGCUUAGAAGAAUGGGAAGCAGCAAUAGCACUUAGAGAAAAAAUAGACGAGCAGGACUUGUUGCUGGAGUUCCUUUUGUUAACCCAACAGAGAAAACAGGAGGUUGCAGAUAGUUUGAAUGAGAUAAUAUCUUUUCUGUCUUCUGAUUUAGAAGGAGUUACAAAUAUGCAAUCGGCCCUUAGGACAAAAGGAGAUUCAAACCUUGAUCAGGGUAAAAAGUCUGCAUCGAAUAGGGGAAAUAUUGCCGAGGAUGAUGAUUCUGGAAGCUCUAGAUCUAGAAAACGGAGCAGGGUGGGGUUUGGUACCUGCAACGUGGAGGAAACUGGUGACCGUGCAGAUGAACACGAGACACGUGUUGAAAGUCAAGGGAGCUUUCUCUCGAAAAGUUCCAGGCUGAUGAAGAAUUUCAGAAAAUUGGAGUCCGCUUAUUUCCUGACAAGGCGCCGAGCUUUAAAACCGACAGCCAAACCAUUGAGUAGAUAUUCUCAAAUCAGCAGUGACGGUAGGGGCUCCAUUGUGGCAACUGAAAGAAGUUCUGUCAGUAAUUUGUCGUCGAAAGGAGGGCGUAAUGAGGAGACACAAAGUGGGUGGAUCAAUUCAUUCCUUGAGGGCUUGUGUAAGUACAUGUCUUUUAGUAAGUUAGAAGAGAAGGCAAACUUAAAGCAAGGGGAUCUCCUAAACUCUUCAAAUCUUGUAUGCUCUCUCAGCUUUGAUCGUGAUGGUGAAUUUUUCGCGACUGCUGGUGUGAAUAAGAAGAUCAAGGUCUUCGAAUAUAAUUCCAUCUUAAAACAAGAUCGCGAUAUUCAUUAUCCUGUAGUUGAGAUGUCUAGUAGAUCAAAGCUAAGCAGUAUAUGUUGGAAUAGCUAUGUAAAAAGCCAGAUUGCUUCGAGUAACUUUGAAGGUGUGGUACAGGUUUGGGAUGUUACUAGAAGUCAACUUUUCAUGGAAAUGAAAGAGCACGAGAGGCGGGUCUGGUCCGUGGAUUUCUCGGUAGCCGAUCCAACAUUGUUAGCCAGCGGCAGUGAUGAUGGCACUGUUAAACUCUGGAAUAUCAAUCAGGGCGCUUGUGUCGGGACCAUCAAAACGAAAGCGAACGUGUGCUGCGUUCAGUUCCCUUUCGAUUCUGGUCGUUCUCUUGCGUUUGGCUCAGCUGAUCAUAUGAUUUAUUACUACGAUCUUCGAAACUCCAAAAUGCCUUUAUGCACACUAAUGGGGCACAAGAAGACAGUGAGCUACAUCAAGUUUAUUGAUUCAACGACGCUCGUAUCUGCUUCUACAGAUAACACAAUAAAGCUUUGGGAUUUGUCCAUGUCUGCAUCUCGGGUUCUUGAUUGUCCCGUUCAGUCAUUUACGGGACACAUGAAUGUGAAGAACUUUGUUGGCCUGUCUGUAUCCGACGGAUUCAUUGCCACCGGCUCCGAGACAAAUGAGGUUUUCGUCUACCACAAAGCCUUUCCAAUGCCUGCAUUAUCGUACAAAUUUAACAGCACAGACCCUUCUGGUGACGAAAUGGAUGAUGGUAUGCAAUUUAUCUCGUCUGUUUGUUGGCGCGGCCAAUCCAACACCUUAGUAGCCGCAAAUUCCAUGGGUGACAUCAAGCUCUUGGAGAUGGUUUAACACAGCUGAUAAUCUCGAGGCUCAACAACUGCAUUGAGAAAUGGCAAAGGGGGAUGGCCUAAGAGCACAAUUAAGUGUUUGGUACCAGUGAAUCGUCGCUAUAAGCAAAGGUACUUUACUGUAAUAGCCGAGAUAAACCCAUAGAAGGCCAUAGCAACACCCAGCACAGACGGGAAACAGAAUUUUGCAAUUAGUUAAUAGCGGAAACAACAAAUGGAAGUUGAGCGAAGAGCGAGGGAAUGCGGUGAGAUUGCCGGUUUUCUUUGUACAUUCUGCUGUUCUUACAAUCCCCUGUGCGAUAAAUACGUGCUUCUGUGAUUCUGCCCCAGUAAGGGAGAUGGGGUAAAAUGCACAUUUUCUGUGAUGUGGGAAUUUCCACUGAAGCUUCUUCUUCUGCAGAUGUUGAAACCCAAUUUCUAUUUUGUUGAAAGAGUAAACCUUCAAAGACGAUGACUUUGAAACCCUAAAGUCUUCCCUCUUGGAUUGUCUGUCUAUUUCUGCUCAAGUUGAAGUUUUCUUAGUUGUUGACCUUGACUUGAAACUGACAAGAGACCAACAACUUUGGCAAUUUGUUCACUGUUAAUCCUAGCUCUGUGCUAUAAACAUUAUUUGCAAUUUUAUUAGCAUUUACUUCAAUAACAAUAGAUAUAUGCAGCAGCGCCCAUGAGAAAGUUAUUCUUGAA